AUGCCACCCCCCAUCCAGAGACCCAUCCUCAGUAUCCUCCCACAUCCCCAACCACGCCCCAUCCUCCCCAUGCUCCACCAACUAUGCAACCAGCCUCUAGCCGCAUCCGCGGGCCACCGAGUCUCGCCGGUUCUUGAAUUCCGCUCCGCCUUUUCCACUACCGCUACCCGCGCCACAUACUCGGACAAGAAGGUUCCCGCCUCUAGGUCCGGAGCCGAGAUCAGAUCCACUACAUCAAGAAAUGGAACUAAAUCUGGACCGGGUGAUGCUGGGGUCGAUACGGAAAUGCCGGCUGUGAGCUUUGAGUCUCUGGGUAUUGGUAGGAAUAUGAAGGUGGUUUUGCUUGUUGUUCUUGGUGUCUUUGGGUCUAUUGAGACGGUGUUUUGGUGUAAGGCGGUUUGGAUUUGGUGGAAGAAAGGUGACGUUGAUAUUGAUGUUGGUAUUGAUGACGGGGCUACUGAUCAGUAG